CCUGGAUCAACAGCUGGGUGGAACUCUGACAAAAAGUUGCCUCAAUGACAUUUUCCGUAGGGAUGGACAUUUGAGUGUGAGGCUAGCUAGUAGUUGUAUUUAGUGUGUCUUUUCACCGCUGUGCCAUGGACUUUAAUGUUAAGCGGUUAGCCGCAGACGCCGGUACUUUCCUGAGCCGUGCGGUACAAUUUACAGAAGAGAAGCUUGGCCAGGCUGAGAAGACAGAGUUGGAUGCUCAUCUGGAGAAUCUGUUGAUCAGAGCUGAGAACACCAAGCAAUGGACAGAGAGGAUUAUGAAGCAGACAGAAGUCUUAUUACAGCCCAACCCAAAUGUCCGGCUAGAAGAAUUUGUGUACGAGAAACUGGAGAAAAAAGCUCCCACACGAAUGAACAACCAUGAGUUGCUGGGCCAGUCCAUGAUUGACUCAGGAAAUGAAUUUGGCCCUGGAACUGCAUAUGGAAAUGCUCUGAUUAAAUGUGGUGAGACGGAGAAGCAGAUUGGAGGGGCAGAGCGGGAGUUUAUCCAAAGUUCUGCCAUCAACUUCCUGACACCUUUCAGAAACUUUCUAGAAGGCGACUUCAAAACCAUCCUGAAAGAGCGGAAGCUGCUGCAGGUCAAACGCCUGGAUCUGGAUGCAGCCAAAACCAGACUAAAGAAAGCCAGGAUGGCUGAUGCUAAAGCUGCGGCAGAGCAGGAGCUGAGGAUGACCCAGAGUGAAUUCGAUCGGCAGGCAGAGAUCACCCGACUUCUGCUAGAAGGCGUCAGCAGCACACACGCACACCAUCUACGCUGCUUGAAUGACUUUGUGGAGGCCCAAACUACCUACUAUGCACAGUGUUACCAGUACAUGGUGGAUCUCCAGAAGCAGCUCGGCAGUUUCCCCUCAUCAUUUACCAACAACAACCAGUCUUCAGUGUCCGGUGGUGCCAGCAUCUCAGUUCCCACCUUACCGGUUUCUGCCUCCCUGCCCAGCGUGUCUGCAGGCCGCGGCAGCUCCACAGCGUCGGGAGGAUUCAGUGAACUGCGCAGCUCCAACGGCAGCCGCAAAGCCCGAGUCCUUUACGACUACGAUGCUGCCAGCAGCAGUGAGCUUUCUCUGCUGGCUGAUGAGGUGAUCAUGGUCAGCAGCGUCCCAGGAAUGGAUUCAGACUGGCUGAUGGGUGAGCGAGGAAACCAGAAGGGCAAAGUGCCAAUCACCUACCUGGAGCUGCUCAACUGAAACCCACCAACUCCCUCCUCUCUCCAGCCCUCUGUAACCAGCUGUGAUCUCAUAUUUAUAUCGUGUUGCAGGGACAGGCCUCACUUCCAUUCAGUCAUUUUAGAAUGAGCUUUUGCUUGUAAGGAAAGACGGAGUCUCACUUGUAGCAGACUAGUGCCGGAAUGAAUAAAUGCGAGUGAAGGGAAAGCAAAUGGACCCAUUCCCUCUUUCUUUUUGCAGUACAUUUCCUAAACCUGCUUCCAUGCCUUUGUGUUUGAUACCAUGCAACCUGAAAUAUGUGCAAGAACAUCUCCCAAACUGUAACUUUAAAAAAAAAAACUUUGUUUACAAUAUGUUUCUCAGAUGGCAACCUAAAUGCUUUUGAUGUGAGUUUUUUUUCCUCCUUCCUCACUGCUAAUGCAAAUAUCUGCAAGUGGUGGCACAUUUUUCAAAGUACACUUCAGUUUGAAGUGGAGAGUAAUGCUGAGUAUUUUUAAGUCUUAUUUUAUAAUUGAUAAUCUUAUGAAAAACAUGAGUCCUUUUUAACAGCACCAUAUUGUAUGUGUUGUUGGCCAGCUAAGCCGUAAGACUAGGCAGAAUAAGAGUUGUAGCUCGCUGAUAAACGAGCAGUUCUCCAAACACCGUGUGGCCUGUUUAUCACAGUGAAUCUGCCUUUUAAAAAAUGCCUUUUUUAAAGCUACACCAGCAGUAUUGAGACUGUCAGUUCAGCCUCCUCUCUAAGUGUUUAACCCUAAUAUUCCCAUAAUUGGAAACCAGCUUUUCCACAUUUCAGCUCAACCAGAAAACAGCAACUUUCUCUGAUUAAAUUAUUAAAUUGUGUAUUCUUCAGAAAUACAUGUGAAAUUUGUGAUAUGUUUAUUUGUCUGAUUUUAGUCGACUUGGUGUUCAAGACAUUUACUUUUUUUUUUUUUUUUUUUUAGAUCGUACUAACAUGCUUCAGCAGUUACCCCAAAACCUGCAUUUCAACCCCACAUCCAUAUAUUGUCUAAAUAUUUUGUUACUUUCUGGGAGAUUUAAGUAUAUUAUUACACAUCUGCUUUUUGUUGUGUGUGUACCUGAUGAGAUGGCAUACAGUUGUAAAAUAAAUAUACAAUAUAAUGCA